UCGUUGGGGCUGAGGCGGCGGCCGGGAAGGGACCGGGGCGGAGCGGAGCGGCCUCACCCGACGGGAUUUCGGGGAUCCGCGCCCGGCAGGGCCGAUGUGAGCGCCCGGGGCGCGGCCCACCACCUCAGGAUGAAGCGUGGAAGGAGGGAUAGUGAGGUCACCAUCAAUGCUUUAGAGAACGGAGAAAAAUGCAAGAAAAAGAGGACUACAAGUGAAAAUUCUUCUGAGGCCAUCCAGACUUGUGAUUGGGGUAACCUCCUUCAAGAUAUUAUCCUUCAAGUAUUUAAAUACUUGCCUCUUCUGGACCGCGCUCAUGCUUCACAAGUCUGCCGAAAUUGGAAUCAAGUGUUUCAUAUGCCUGACCUGUGGAGGUGUUUUGAAUUUGAACUGAAUCAGCCAGCGACAUCGUAUUUGAAAGCCACACACCCAGAACUCAUCAAGCAGAUUAUUAAAAAACAUUCCAACCACCUCCAGUAUGUCAGCUUCAAGGUGGACAGUAGCAAGGAGUCAGCAGAAGCAGCUUGUGAUAUUUUAUCUCAACUUGUGAAUUGCUCAUUAAAAACACUUGGACUUAUCUCAACCGCUCGGCCCAGCUUUAUGGAUUUACCAAAGUCUCACUUUAUCUCUGCCCUGACAGUUGUGUUUGUCAACUCCAAAUCCCUCUCCUCGCUUAAGAUAGACGACACACCAGUAGAUGAUCCAUCCCUCAAGGUACUAGUAGCCAACAACAGCGAUACCCUCAGACUAUUAAAAAUGAGCAGCUGUCCUCAUGUUUCACCAGCAGGUAUCCUCUGCGUGGCCGACCAGUGCCACGGCUUACGCGAACUGGCCCUGAACUACCAUUUGCUAAGCGAUGACCUGCUUCUCGCUCUGUCUUCUGAGAAACACGUUCGAUUAGAACACUUGCGCAUCGACGUAGUCAGUGAGAACCCGGGACAGACGCACUUCCACUCGAUUCAGAAGAGCAGCUGGGAUGCUUUUAUUAAGCAUUCGCCCAAAGUGAAUUUGGUCAUGUACUUUUUUUUGUACGAGGAGGAAUUCGACCCGUUCUUUCGUUACGAGGUCCCCGCCACCCACCUGUACUUCGGGAGGUCAGUAAGCAAAGACGUGCUUGGCCGCGUGGGUCUGACCUGCCCCCGGCUGGUCGAGCUGGUCGUGUGCGCCAACGGCUUGCGCCCGCUGGACGAAGAGUUGAUCCGCAUCGCGGAACGUUGCAAGAAUCUGUCGGCCAUCGGCCUGGGGGAGUGUGAAGUCUCUUGCAGUGCCUUCGUCGAGUUUGUGAAGCUGUGUGGCGGCCGCCUGUCCCAGCUGUCCAUUAUGGAGGAAGUGCUGAUCCCCGACCAGAAGUACAACUUGGAGCAGAUACACUGGGAAGUGUCGAAGCAUCUCGGACGAGUCUGGUUCCCAGACAUGAUGCCCACUUGGUAAAGACGUUCAAAGGUGGGGUGGAUUAGUGGGGAGGCGGGGAGGGCGGGCACUCGUGGAAUAGCACCUUAAAUCUGAGCACACCAAACGGUGGAGUAGGCCGAUUCAACGUAGUUUUCAGGAGAAUUCCCCUUCCCUUGAAGCUUAAAAAAGUGAUAUUGACAGUGGUGCGUGGACACCAAGCGUGGAAAGGUCAGCCGUAACGCGGAAGAUCACUGGGGUGAAUUUGGUCAGCAGACCAGUGGGGGUGUGUGUGUUUUCUUUUUGUCCAUUAUUAAAUCAGUUUCUGUAGAGACUAGAUAAACUUGCUGGAAGAGUCAUACAUCUCAUGGUAGGUAGAGGAAUGGCCGUGGGGUGUAAACAACUUAAACCGAGGGGAAAAAAAUGCAUUUUCUUCAUAUUCAGUAAACCAGUAUUAAUAGGAUAAUCAGUAAUAACCGGUUUAAAAAAAUGUUUUGUUGUCUAUGCAGUUUUUUUAAAAUGUAAAUUUAAAAAUGUAGGGUCUUCAUGGAUACACCUGUUUUAAGGUGCUUACUACAGCUCAGGAGGGUGAGCCUUCUCAGACGUAAAUGACUUAUGUUGCUUUUGAAGCAGAUUGCUCGCAUUUUCGUAACUGUAACACUACCUAGUUCUACAUUUAUUUAGAUGAGCCACUGUGCAUGUUUCUUGGAAGAAAAAAACCUGGUUGAAAUUGAAUAGAAAAAUGUCAUAUUUAACAAAAUGACUUGUUUAAAGAGCUAGGAAUUAUUGGAGAACAAAGAAAUAUCAAGGGUGAGGGCAAAUGACUUUUGUAAUCUGCUAAACCAUGUACAUACAUUCUGUAACACAUAUUGUAAAUUGUACUUCGGAGACAUUUUUAAAUACUGUAAAGAAUAAGCUUUUUCUUUCCUUUGCCAAAUCCCUAAGAUUAUUUUAAGGUAAUGGAAAUCCUUAGGAGUAAACCUAUAUGCUGAAAAAACAAAAUCAGAAUUAGAGGUAAAACUUUUAAGUUGUUGGAAAGAUUGCCUCAAGUGCAUUUACUGCUAUCUUUGGAUCAGAAAUACACAGCCAAGUCAUUUCACCUGGAAAUGAAAAUGAAAAGAUAGGGGUUUUUCUACCAGGUGUAGAGCUCUUGACUAGUUAUAGGGUACGCAGAAAAAAAAAAGACAUCUUUAAAUCCAUAAUAUUUUUGAGCAAUUAUUGCCCAACUGGACAAUUUUAAUAGGAAAAUAUUCCUGUGGAAGCUUGAUUAGCAACCACGUUUCGUUCAGUAGACCUUUUUGUAUUUGAACGUGUUGCAUUAUAGGUUACCUUAAUCUGUUAAAAGGUAAUUAUGCACUAAUACAGUCUGUGUUAAACGUAGGUGUUUAAAAAAAAAUUCUUAGCCUUGGCAUAAACUUUGGUUUUGAGCACUGGUGCUUGAACACGUCUCCCUCUGUUAGGAAAUCGCUGGGUUACUCUCACAAGUUUAGGAAAAUGGUGGACUGCUGAGUACAGUGCAAGUUAGAAAUGACUUUGAAAAUAGACCGAGUGAUUUUCAGUUAAACUUUUCAUCCAUUUUGAAACAUCUCUUUUAAGCCCAGAAGAGGAUGACGAUUUCCUUAAUGUUCAACUCGGUGCUUAGGAUACGCAGAAGCUCUCUAGUAAGUCGCGGGGGAGAAUACACAGAGUUGAUCACUGGCUAGCAGUGGCGUGUGAUCUCAAGGGGGGAACCGAACAGGCAGAAAAAGUAAAGGCAAGAACAAAGAAAAUGAUUUAAAACGUUACUCCAUUGCUGCACCGAUAGGAUUCGGUGCCUUUGGGGGAGGGGCAGAUUAAAUUAAAAAUAAAAUAGCCCGAGCUUCAGAAUUUUUUUUUUCCAUAGCAUUCAUCAUCAGCUUGAAUUCUCCCCCAGAUAAACCUUAAAUGUUGGUGUAUGAUGUAAUUGAUUCCUUUGAAAACUCAGACUUUGAGCACUUUGGACCGCCCCUUCUACUGGAAGCACCCUGACUUUUUUUUUAAU